AUGAAGCUUUCAAGCUUUUUUGUUCUAGCGAAAGUUGGCUUUUCGCAAGAUUUGGCUGAGUUUGACUCGCGAUGCCCUGACUUGGAACUUGGCCAGCAGUGUGAUACUGAAUGCUCGGAGGUUUUCGUUGACUGCCGCAACAACUGUCCUGACCAUCUUUGUGAAAAUCAAUGUCUGAUCGAGUUCACAGAAUGCGUCUCGGAUUGUCCCUGUGGACAAAAUUGCCCAAACGGAUGUCAGGACUGCGAAAACCCCCUCUGCACAACUUGUAAUAAUUUGGAAAUGGACUUUGAAUUUCAGCAAUGCAAAGUGAUUGCGCUAGAAGAAUUCGACCACUGCGCGAUGAAUUGUUUGAACAACUGGGGCUGCAUCGACAAUUGCUACAAUCGAGAAAUCUUGCAAGGCUUUUCGCAAUGCAAAUGCUUUGACGAGAUUCCAUCAGAGUCAACCGAAUACCUCACCGUACUAUCGCAAAACUGGUACUAUGGAUCACCUAAUCUCGGCUAUGUUACGAAUGUCGACGGCGGUUUUCAGCAAAACCGAUACUACAGUUUUUAUGAAAACAGCCUUCUAUACGCAGUCAGUGCAGUCUACCAAGAUAAUGUCUACAUCUUUGGAGGAUACGAUAGUGACAAUGAUUUCUAUAAAACAGAUAUUCACCAAGUAUUUGGAUGCGAAAUUCGCAAGCUUUCCGUCACACUGGAAAGACCCGUCGCAUAUUAUACUGGAAUAGUGGCAACAUCCGAUGGAGUUUACUCCGGGUUUGUUGGUAGUAAUUAUAAGUGGACACAGCUUUUUGAUGGAACAAGAACCAUUCUUUCAAAUUACAAUACUGAUGCGGACCAUGAAGGGGGCUGCAUGGCUCACUUGAAUAAUCAACCUGUUGCAAUUGGAGGCGACGGUGGAAAUAAUGUGGAAUUGCUUAGAUCAAACGGAUGGACUUAUCUCGACUCGCAUCCAAUGUAUGAUUUUCGACAAUUGAUCAUCUAA